CGAUAUCUUCCUCUCCCGUAGGGCAAGGGCGGUGGGGCGAUCCGUCGGCGGCGUCGGUGGUGGUGGAGGAGGAUGGCCGACGUGCAGGGAGACAAGGAGGCAGGCCUGGAGGACGACGAUUUUCCCGACGACGGGCCUUUGGUGCCGGAGGAUCCAGGUGAAGGAGGAGAACCCCGCAGCGGAGGCGACGAGGAAGAGGAGGACGACGUCGACGGCCUCGCCAGCUUCCUCGAGUCGGAGAUCCUCUCCGGAUCCAACGACGAGGAUCCUAUUGAUCAGGAGCAGCGGAAGCAGGAGGAGGACGGUGGUGCCGCGAAGAAUAAGCGGAAGCAGGGCUCGGGAUCGGACGGGCAUGGCUGCAGCGGCAGCGGCAGUGAGGGGGAGCAGACCAAGAGGGCGAGGAGGGAGGAGAUGAGGAGGCAGGCGAAAGGGAAGGCCGUGGCGCCUCAGAUCGACACGGGCAUGUUCAGCAACAUCCCCCCUGAGCUGUUCCUGCAGAUCUUCAAGUUCCUCUCCUCCGAGGACCUCAUCUCCUGCGCUCUGGUCUGCCGCUUCAUGAACGCUGCUGCGUCCGAUGAGACCCUCUGGCGCCGCUUGUACUGCAUGAGGUGGGGACUGGCAUCCAAUGCCAAAUUCAGGGAGUGCGCUUGGAAGAACCUCUACAUACAGAGAGAUAGAGAGGAUAUGGUUGAAUUUGUGAGGAAUACCCCUACAGAGUUCAAGGAGUACUAUAUUCAGAUGCAGGCUGCAAAAAGGAGUCAAACUCCCCAUCCGUCAGAAGUCAACGACGACAAGGUUAUGCUUGAUAAGACAGUAGCUGAUCAAGUAUCUAGUUGGAAAAACAGCCGGGGGCUUACUGAUGAAGCUGUCAAGGGGCACUCUUGUUCUGGAAAUACAUGCUCGUACACCCAGAUUGGCGAUGCUUACAUUUGUGAGAAGACUGGUCGUGUCCAUGUUUGUGAUGACGCUUGUCGUGAAUUUGUCUUGGACCAAUCUAGUGGGCUGCUUCUUUGUACAAUAUCUGGCCACUGCUUUGAGAGGUGGCUGUGUCCUGAUGAUGAAUGGGAAGCUGAUGAUAAUUUUCAGGAUCUGCAACAAGCUGGUGUAGUGGAUGAAGCAGAGCCAUUCAUGGGAUCUGGACGCUACGCGCGAGCAAUUAUGUUGGGUUACAACUGCACCGAUGAGAAGGAACUUGAGGAUGCCUUGGGUCUCUGUUGAUGUGUUUCUGUCGAUAUGUCCUUCACUCUUGCUACAUGAUCGAGUUUCUACUUGUGAAGAUGAAACAAGCAGAAUGCAGGAUGUAUAGCCCUGUGCUAUGUUUUACCAUAUUUCACCCUCCAGGAUGUACCUAAGAAUAGAACUUACUUUUGAGGUAGAUCGCUGAUAUGUUUUGAUCAGCUGAGGGAGUUUGUUAUGUUGUCGUAUGGUUUCCUAAAUUAUCGAGAUGUAUGCCUGUAAUAAAAUGCUUUUUUACAUAAUGAGUUUUUUUUGUUUGUAUGAUAUGAUACGAUGUUGGCACUUCGGUAGAUGCAUGUAAUAAAAGUGCUAAGAUGUAGCAUGCGGAGCACCAAAGGCUUCAUUUUGCAGGUCA